AUGUUAAUACGACGAAGGUUGGUCCUGCUUCCAUUUUGGAAAGUUAUUCCUUCUUCUUCAGAUUCCUCUUCCCUCCCACUUUUCAAGGAUAAGCACCGUGGCGGAACGAUAUCCUCCGCCUUAUAUCAGAUUUUAACUGCUCCUGAUUUUUCGACAGUUGUUGCUUCUGCUGCGCUUGACACUAUUGAGGCUGCUGCCCUUGUUGUUGAUUUUGCUGAGGUCACUCUUCAUUUUGUUGUCGUCGCUAUUCCUCCUUGGGCCGCUGCUCCUGCUGUUGCUGCUUCUGUUGAUGUUGCAGCUACUUCCCGGCCUGUGAGACAUCCUGCUGGGCCUGCUGGGCAGGAUAGGUUGCAGCCCUUUGCUUCUUUCUCUCAACCUCCCCGACCAAUCACUUCGGACAGCUUUUCAGAUCUCUUGUUCCUCACUGUUUCCGUGAUCCCGACUGCGAUUGUGACGCAGGUUUCUCCCAAGGACACGCCUUAG